UCUUGCUGUUUUGCAUAAUAUCUUGUCUCUCCAGGAAAAGGUUCGGGUUAGACAUCUACUGGUGGUGAAGCCCUUGGAGGAAAUAUAUCCUGUCUGGGAAGGUGAACCCCGACGUGUAGACGUCGAUAUAAAGAUGCAUAACAUGAUAUGCGAUAUUCUGGAUGGAAGCUUGGAUGAGGGGUUCUGGGAAUCUCCCAAAAACGUAGGUGGCGAUACAACAGGUGGCGCUUCAACAGUUCAGACGCCGAAACAGUCGAAGACGAAGUUGGAAACUCCACGCGUGGAGAAGAAAAAGAAAGAGAAGGUGAAAGAGGCUGAAGCAACGGAUUCAACUCCGAGAAGCAAAAGGAGAAGGGAAAGAGAGGCAAGGAAAGAAGAGAAGGAGAAAAAGAAACGUAAGAAGGAGGAUGAGGAAGAAGAUGAUGAUUUUAACUCGCCGGUGAAGCUACUAAAGGAUGCAAUUGAAGAAAAGAGAAAGGAGAAAAGGGAAAGAAAGGAAAGAAAAGAAAGAAAGGAGAAGGAAAGAGAGAAGGAAAGAGAGGAGCAGGAGAGAGAGAAGCAAAGAGAGAACGAGAGCAAGAAGAAAGAGCCCGCUGUGGAGAAGGAGGAUAGGACGAAUGAGAUCCUCAUGGCAAUCAAUGGUUUAUCAACGACGGUAGCAUUGCUAAACAACAAUGUCAGCAGUGCUGUAAUUCGUAUAGACCACCUGGAUAAGAGGAUUGCCGUUAUCGAGGAUAAACAUGAAGAGAAAGAGGAGGCCAUGGCGAAUUCUGGGAACAAUGUUGACAACGACCAUGGUAACAAUGAUGAUAAUGCCGGUGAUGCAGAAUCCAAAACCUCACCGAAAACCCCAAGAGCAAAGGCAUCUCCUCCAGCAGCAGCGCCAAUAGCAGGAACGUCAACGGGAGGUGGAGCAGGAACGGGAACGGGAGCUGUGGAAAAGGAUCCGUCGUGGAUGAUGGAGAUGCAGGAAACAUCAGAGCCAGGUUUUCCUGUUGCAAGAGUUGUUAGAACCCCAGCGUCGAGAGGAAAGACUGUAACCAAAGUGAAAAAAGAACCUGCUGAUCCUAAAGAGAAGAAUAAAUCAGGCACAAAGUCAAAAGCUGAUUUAAAAGACAAAAACGAAGAAAGCCAGAUAAUCAAUAUAAGCGACGUUUCACGCCCACUACAGUCUAGACGAGUACAGAUCCCUUCCCUGCAAGACGAAGACGACUCAGCGAUUGAAGCUAUGAAGAAACGCUUAGAAAAGCUGGUGGAACAUGCAAAAAAUCCACCUGCUGAGAAGGAAAAAAGGGGACGCAGCCUUGCACCGACCCAGGUUUCACCCUACCUUGGUAACUCAGUGGUGAGACGCAUCAUGGACCCAGCAGGUCCCCCUCCUGGGAGGUAUGAUCCUUUUGAAGCGGUGGACAGUCGAAUACUGGAUAAUCUAACCCGCUACGUAGCUUUUGAAGCGGAAAAACAGUUGGAGUGUCCAUAUGCAGGAGGAGAAUUUUACCUGACACUAAUGACCCCUAAAGAAAGCUGGCCUAGAAAGGAGUAUGGGUGGUUGCAUGAUCAGCAUAUCGUAAAAGGAUUAGACAUGUUCCGGCAACGGUCUAUGCGGUAUCCAUCUCCUUACAAAGGGGGAAGAGUUGCUUUCCUUGAUCCUAUCUUUUGUCGAGUUUGGUGUGGAGACUAUCGAAACAAAUUUCUACCAAACGAGAAGAGUUGGCUAUUCAGUGAUGGUUAUUUGGACGUUGCCAACGGUCACUACGACCAUUACUUGCCUACACACAAGAAAUGGGGGACAGAUGUUGAUUUCGUGUAUAUCGCCCACAACGUGAACAACGAACAUUGGGUAGCCGUUGAGGUCGACAUUCCCAAAAAAAAGAUCCGAGUGUUUGAUUGCAUUCCAGAUUUAUACAGAAAAGGCGAGGUGGAGGAGUCUGUGAAGCCCUACGCGAGGAUGAUUCCGCUGUUGUUGAAACAUAUGGCACCACCGGAGCUCAAGAAGGGUAUGAAGGAGGGGCAGUUUCAUAUCUACAUGUAUAAAACAGCGGCACUAAACAGACAGACAUGUGAUUGUGGCGUCUUUACUUUGAAGACCAUCGAGUGUUUGGCUUUGUGCCAUAAAUGGGACCAGCUGAAAGAUAGCAACAUGCCUCUCAUUCGUAUGAAAUACGCAGCUGAGAUUUUUGAUGAGGUACAUGAAGCAGAAGAAUCCCGGAUGUCUGAUCCUAACCCUCGAAGUUUAUUUGAUGACAAGUACGGUUUACAGACAGACUCCGCUAACUGAGAUCUUCGUUUGGUAGACCUUUGGGAUCUGAGAUCGUUUUUUGGUAGAUUUAAUACUCAGAUCCAAACUAAUUGGUAGACAUUUGGUAUCGGAUGUUGUAUUUUGGCCGAUUUAUUACUCAUAGUCAGCCUCUUUGGUGGUCUUUUGGAAUUUAGACGUCGCUUGUGUUUUGGAAUUGAAAGCGAAUCGCCAUGGCUGUAAAAGGAACCUGC